AUGUCUAACAAUCAUCAACACGAAGAAUAUACAAUAUUAACAACAGGCUCAACCAAUAGAAGCCAAAUGUCUCAACCUCAUCUUACAUUUACACCACCUACUCAAGUUUUUCGUACCGAGUGGCAGCGUUUUCCAGAAUUCCAUGCUUGGUUACGACCUAUUGAUGGGGAUGUAACUAAAGCUUGGUGCAUUGCUUGUGAACGUAUGUUUCGUGCAGAUUUAAAGUCUUUAAGAGUACAUGGUGUAAGCAAAGCUCAUGUGCGUAUGGUACGUGCCCGUUGUCCUAAUGCUGAUGAUAAUCCUGUACCACCAAUAGAAUAUAAUGUGGUGACUGACAAAAAGGGUACUUAUGGCAUAGCUGUAGUAACUAAUAAAGAAGAUAAAUCUUUACUUGGGUCAAGAGCAUUAUACAUGAAUCAAACAAAUCCUACUGAAGAAAUAAUUACUUCUGAAAUGGCAGCACAGUCGCAACGUGACAAAUAUGUUGUGGUAUCGUUACCCAAUGAAGAUGAUGAUGAUAAUGAAGGUCCACAUGCUUCUAGCUCAAAUACUCAAUACAUACAAAAAGAAGUAAAUGUAAUCGACGAGACUGGUAAUUUGGUGUCUGUGGUUACUGAACAUCAUGUACAGAAAAAUAAAGGUAAAAUUUAGGUGUCCUGGUCAGAGUUGCAAUAAUUUUAAUUUUUAAAAGAAAUUAGGUAUUAAUUAAGUUAGAAAUAUUAAUUUUAAAAAAGAUGUAGAUCAAAUGAGCAAAUUGUUAAGUAGGUGAAUUUUAAAUCUAUACUAACUAUUGAGAUAAAAUGUUAACAAUAAGCUUCCCAAAGAGGGUUUUCAUUUCAAGUUCUAAGGUCAAAGUAUUAACAUAAUGUUUUAGUGCAUGUGUGUUGUACAUUAUAGCCGUACUUGUCAUGUAAAAUUAUAAAUUCAUUAAAUUCCUCAGAAAGCAGAACACCCAGGUUGAAUCUGAGACCAAAUCAGAUAAUGCUGAAACACAAAAACAAUCUGCUGAUGAUGAAGAUGACAUAGCAAUUGAAGAAGUGUUGACACCACUACGGAUGAAACAAGAGUCAGCAACAAAUCGUGCACAUAUGAUGAAACGAAAACGAGGCCUUCAAAAGUAUCGUACAGAUUGGGAAAAAUUAGCUGAAUUCAAAGGGUGGUUGUCACCAGAACCAAAGAGCUGCUAUAAAGCUCGAUGUGAAGCCUGUGAUAAAAGUCUUGUUGCUGAUAUAACUGUCUUACGAAAUCAUUCACAGGCUAAAAAACAUGUGAUGAAAACUGGAGGUACUGUUUACGAAGGUCCAAUCGUUAGAAACAAAUCAAAAGUUAAGUCAGAAGAUGAUGAUGAAGAUUCUCCUGAUGACUUACAAAUGAAAUCUUUGAGCAUUAAAGGUUUGGAUAUUGGGUAUUAUUUGUAUGUCUCCUUAAGUUUAUAGCUUUUGAUUUUGAGUUUAAUAAUGAAAAUUGUUAAUGUUUUUAGUAAAUGAAAUACUUCAUUGUUUUUAUAUUAAUUAAAGUAAAUUCCUAAAGCUAUAAACUUUAUCAUCAUACAUUAAUUAUAAAAUUACAAUUGAAGAUCAUCAUUGUAUUUAAACAAUUUAGAUUUUUUUGUAUUUUUAUAAUUAAGUAAUAAAAAUGUUUUUUUUCGGAGUUCGUUUUGGGUCUUCAGUUGUGAAAUAAAAACCGUGUUUUGGCCUAUUUAUUAUAAUUGGUCAGAGCUUACGCGUUUAAUGUUGUAUUUUCUAUAAAAUAUAUUUGUAAACUAGGUAAAUUAUAAACCCAAAUAUUAGUUUUGAGACCGUAUGUUUGAAGGACAGUUUUAGUCAACAAGCCCUGAAAAAGUUGGUCAGAGCUUUUACCGUGUAUAUUUCUUUUUGUAUUAUACAACAAUGAUUCAUUAUGUUAAUACUUGUGACCUAAAUAAACUAUUUGUUAUUAAAAAAAAUAUAUACAUAUAUAUAUAUACAUAUAUAUAUAUAUAUAUAUAUAUAUUAAAUCUACAACAGACACUAUACCACUGUUAAUUCAAUUAUUAUUAAGUUAAAUAUAUUUGAACUAAUUUUAAGAGAAAAUUAAAUUUAUAUAUAUAUGUAUAUAUAUGACCGAAAAAUUGCAGCUCUGACCGAUUUUAAUAAAUGGUUGUUUUAUUUAAACAUCUAUUUUUUAUUUUUAACCUAAUUGUAAUUGUAAUUUGUAUUUAUUUAUUAUAAUUUUUAUUCAUAGACAAUGAUGAUGAUUUUGAAGUUGGUCUUCAAUCAAAUGAAUAUCAUAGCUCAUCUAAUUAUGAAAAAAUGGAUCAAAAACAUGAAGAUAUCCAGUGCAAAGCCAUUGGUAUAAUAAAAACAAAAAUUGCCUUGCCUAUUAAAGUUACAUAUAUUUUUUGUUUAUUUAUAGUUUCGAAACCUGCUCCAUUUUGGAAAGCUACGGCUGUUGUGAAUGGCCAUGUAACAGAGUUAAAACUUAGCGACUACCAUGGCCGUUAUUUGGUCCUAUUCUUUUAUCCUCAAGAUUUGUAUGUUAUAUUUUACAUUAAAUUUAAAUUUGUUUAUUUUGAUUUUUUUAUAUAAGCCAUAAAUAGAGUGGAAAAAUAAAUUCAUUGUAUGGAAAUUUUCAAGAUUUAAUAGUCUUUAAGGGGGGAAAAAAUGUAUAGUAUAUCGGAUAUUCCAUAUCACAUUUCUACUAGUAAUCAAUUUUGUCUGGGUUUCCUAAAAUGUCAUCAUACAUCCAGAAAAUCUUUAAGAUUUAGCAUUUUGAAUCUUUGAAAUUCGUGUGAACCUCAAAUUAUGAGUAUCAACUAAUAAAUAUUUCAAUCAAAAUUAUAUACAUAAAUUUAUAGGCUAUACCUAAUUAUCUUUAUAUUAUAUUAAUACUAUGGAUUAUUUUAAGAACACUUGCGAUGAAACUUGAAAAAAUAGUUCACGUUUUAUCCCCCUGUUGGAUGUUUAAUGUGCAUUUCUGUAAAAAAAAAAAAAAAAAAAUUGCACGUCAACUGGAUUAAUAAUGAGCAUUAUAAUAUGCUUAAAAACACUGUUUUAUCCGAUAUACUUAUUUUCUUUAUCAACUCUUAUAUACUUUAUGUAAACAAAAUUUAAAAUAAAUAGAAAAAAAACAUGUAUUUUUAAUGGGAACUUAACCUUGUUAUUGAUAGACUUAAGAAUUGUCUUAAGAAACUUAAAAUAAAUAGAGCUCAAUCCUCUUUUUGUUAUAAUAUGGUUAGGGGGGAAAUUAAAAACCAUUUUAGUGCCCAUACUAAUACCGUGUUUGUCUAUAAUUGAAUUCACGGCUUCGCUUUUGGGAAAUAUAAAUUAGCUCUACGUGUAUUAGAUUUGCAUUCAUAUGUAUUGAUCACUCUGUUAAAGCUAAACAUAUUACUUUUAUAUUAUUUAAUAAGUUAACAAUUGGACAUUACUAGUCUAUAAUAUUUGCCCAUACUAAUACCGUGUUCAUUUAUAAUUGAAUUCACGGCUUCGCUUUUGGGAAAUAUAAAUUAGCUUUAUGUGUAUUAGAUUUGCAUUCAUAUGUAUUGAUCACUCCGUUAAGGCUAAAUAUAUUACAUUUAUACAUAGAAAAAUUUAUAAUUGGAUAAUACUAAUAUAUAAUAUCUGCCCAUACUAAUACCGUGUUAACUAUAAUUAAGUUCACGGUUUCGCAUUUGGGCUACAUAAAAUAAAAUAUUACUAUUUCUAUUAAAAUUCCUCAAUCUAAAAUUUAAGUGAAUAUUAAUAUGAAUUGAACAACUAAAUUCGUUUUUCAUAUAGGAUUUAUAAAUCUUUAUAUAGUAAUAAUAACGCUCUUAUAAUGUUUUAUAUUUGUAUAAAUAGUUCUAGAAUUUGUCCGAGUGAACUAAUUGCCCUGAGUGAUAGAGUAUCUGAAUUUAGAGCAUUAAACACUGAAGUAGUUGCAUGUUCUGUGGAUUCAUACCUAUCACACCAAGCAUGGUCCCGUACAUUAAGAUCUGAUGGAGGGAUCGCCAUACCUAAAAUGCCACUUUUAUCAGAUCCAACUCAUGCCAUCAGUAAAAGUUAUGGAUGUUAUUUAUCUGAACUUGGCCAUUCUCUCAGGUAAUUAAAAUUUAAUUUAAAGUUUAAUUCAUUGCAUCAAAUUCUCAUCUAAUCUAUUUUUUAGAGCUCAUUAUAUAAUUGAUAUGAGAGGUAUUUUAAGACAUGUGACAAUUAAUGAUCUGCCUGUGGGUCGCAAUAUCAGUGAAAUAUUAAGACUGUUGGAAGCUUUUCAAUAUACAGACGAAACGGAAACGUUAUGCCCUGCUGAUUGGAAACCAGGCGAACCAACUUUAUCAUAA